AUGGAGUGUUCGCUCCGCAGCUCGACGCGAGUGCUUUCCCUAUGGACCUUGAUCAUCGGCAGCUUCAACAUAGCAGGUCUGCGUCCAGGUUCCAGUGUAGGGGCGGAGUCGCUGGACGCGGUCAAUUUGUCAGCUGUGUCGGGAGGCGACGCCACCUUGCCUUGCGACACGCGUUCGCCGCAGCCACCCGACGCUCUAUUGCUGGUCGUCUGGUAUAAAAACGACGUACCCAUUUACAGUUACGAUGGUCGUGUAAAAGGACCUUCAGCGCACUGGGCGGAUGCGUCACUCGCAGGUCGAGCGAGGUGGCACGCCACACCGCACUCCGCUUUACGUAUCCGAGAUGUAGUUCCCACCGACCGCGCCCUCUAUCGCUGCAGAGUUGAUUUCAAAGUAUCACCAACUAGAAAUUACAAGUUCGUGCUUCAUGUAAUCGAAUUACCCGAGAAGCCGAAAAUAUUCGAUGAGAGCGAUAAGGAAGUGAUAGGAGUCGCUGGACCGUACAUUGAAGAUACGAGCUUGAAGCUUACCUGUGUUGUAAGUGGAGGUAAGCCAAUGCCACGACUACGCUGGUGGAGGGACGACAAAGUUAUAUCAAAAUUGGACCCAGUUGAAGACGAGACCCGACUCAGCCUGCUCGAGCUAAGAAUACCGAAGCUGCAGAGGGAAUACUUCGAAGCAGUCUAUACCUGCACAGCAGACAACACAGCGCUGGUUCCACCACUAAGGGUCAACGUUCAAAUCCAGCUGUAUCUGCGACCGUUGCUUGUGGAAAUAUUGGCACGUGAACAACCGCUGUCCGUCGGUCAGGAGACCGAGAUGGCGUGCAGGGCUGUGGGCGCGAGACCAACAGCGAUCAUCACCUGGUGGCUAGACGAUAAACAGAUGGCAGUGACUGAUCCGCAAAAGAUUUCCGAAGAUCGCAACGAGACAAUAUCCAUUCUACGCUGGACGCCUAGGAUGGAACAUGACGGACGCGUGCUUAUGUGCAAAGCAACUCACGCGAAACUGGAUCACACUACUCUGGAAGCAUCGAUGACUCUAAACUUGCACUAUAUUCCUAUAGUUGAACUUCAACUGGGAUCGAAACUAAACCCAAAUGACAUCGAAGAAGGCGAUGACGUGUACUUCGAUUGCGUCGUGCGCGCAAAUCCACCCGCUUACAAAGUUGUUUGGGAGCAUAAUGGUCAAGUAAUGACGCACAAUCAACGCGCCGGAGUAAUAGCGGGAUCAGCGCACUUGGCCCUUCAGGGGGUGUCUAGGGAGCAAGCGGGGAAGUAUAUUUGCAUAGCGUCAAAUGUCGAGGGUGAUGGAAGAUCUUCAGCCGUCAUCUUACAAGUUAUUUAUAAACCAGUUUGCAAGAACAAAAUGACAGCGAUUGUCGGUGCAGCUAUAAAUGAAGCUGCUCGUGUUGCUUGUGAAGUGGAUGCCUUUCCAGUACCGAAGAACUUCCAAUGGACGCUAAAUAAUACGAUGGGCACUGUUGAGUUGGAUUCGGCAAAGUACACAGUGGAAAAAUCUGGUCGUUCCAUCCUAACAUACACGCCAUCAACGGACAUAGAUUACGGGUCCCUCGCCUGCAGAGCCACUAACAUGGCAGGACAACAAAUUGAGCCCUGCAGAUAUACUCUACUACCAGCUGUUAAGCCCGACCCGCCUACCAACUGCUCUACUUUGAACUUGACUGACGAUUCCGCAGAACUCAGGUGUUUAGCGGGCUACGACGGCGGCCUUCAAACCACGUACUUCGUAGAAGCGUGGGAAUUGGACACUCUUAUAGCGAAUGUCUCCACAAUAAUGCCUGUGUGGAAGCUACAAGGACUCGGGUCGGGGAAGGAAUUAACGCUCGUAUUUUAUGCGAACAACGCAAGAGGACGAUCGGAAAUUACUACUUUAAGAGUACAUACAUUAUCGAGGCUGGCUUUACAUACAGAAGCGCAAAAUAACAUCGGACGUAUAGAUGCGAGCUGGGCGCUCGGUAUCAUCGCAGGGGCAGUCGGCACAUUGGCUGCCGUCGCAAUCAUUGCGCUCUUAGCGAGAAAGCGACAUAGACCGCUACAGUAUGAAGCUCCAACACAGACCGUCAAGGCUUAUAAAGGAAUGCAUAGUUCAAACCAUUCCCCUAUCCAGCCGGACGACAAGAAUCCAGAUGUAGUGCCUCUCGGGAAAGAUUUUAAUUGCACGCGAGACUCAGAGCGGCCACCGGAACCACCACCCUACGGCGCUGUCGUAUCACCACCGGUUGGAGCAUCUCGAAGCGUGCAUAGUCUGCACGACAGAUCCAACACUCCUCAUACACCAAAUACACCCGUGUCCGAUGCUCAGAGUAUCGGUACACUAGCAGAAGACAGGCGGAGCGUGACAAGCGGCACACUGUCGAGGAGAAGAGAAGUCGUUACAACGAGGACGCCUCUCUUAGCGAACGCGCGAGAGAGCUGUGUGUAG